CAGACACAUAGGAGGACUCACCUACACUCUCAUUGAACAAGUAGGAUACAGACGGGCCAAGCUGGAAUUUGUCAUUCAUUUACCUCUGGAGGAACACAACACUUGGACUUCUAAUAUCAGAGGUCAUACAAAAUGUUGGGAUAUUUUAACAAACGUAUCCAGGACUAUCUGGUGGAGCGGAAAAGUCGCAGAGCCAGGCUAGUGACUAAAGAUGGCCGCUGCAACAUUGAAUACGGAAACUUCAAGUACAGCAGACACUUUGCCUUCCUGGCUGACUUCUGGACCACCUUUGUGGAGAUCCGGUGGCGUUUUGUCCUCUUCCUCUUCAUUGCCUCUUUCACCCUGAGCUGGUUCAUUUUUGGCCUCCUGUGGUACUGGAUCGCCCGCAAUAAUGGAGACCUGGAGUGGCAAAACCCUCAAAAUGACCACAUUCCAUGUGUUUAUAAUGUUGUGGGACUCACAACGGCGUUUCUCUACUCCCUUGAAACCCAAACAACCAUCGGUUAUGGUGGCCGAGCGCUGACCCCUCUCUGCCCGGGUGCCGUUGCCCUCAUCAUCAUCCAGUCUCUCGUCGGUGCAAUCAUCAACUGUUUCAUGUGUGGAGUCAUCCUGUCCAAAAUCUCUUCGCCCAAAAAGAGAGCCAAGACCAUCACAUUUAGUGAUAUGGCGGUCAUUAGCCCCAAAAACGGUACUCUAUGCCUGUCCAUCAGAGUUGCCAACCUGCGCAAGACGCUAAUGAUCGGAAGCCAGAUCUACGGCAAACUGUUGAGAACGACGAUAACACCAGACGGGGAGACGAUUAUCAUGGACCAGGUGAACAUUGACUUUAUGAUGGACGCUGGGAAGGACAAUCUCUUCUUCAUAUGUCCUCUAACGCUCUACCACGUCAUCGACAAGAGCAGCCCCUUCUUUGAGAUGGCAGUGGACACGCUCAACAAACAAGAGUUUGAGCUUGUCGUCUUUCUGGACGGCACCGCAGAGUCCACCAGCUCCUCCUGCCAAGUCCGGACCUCCUUCAUUCCUCAGGAGAUCAUGUGGGGCUACAACUUCCUGCCCAUCAUCUCCAGAAGCAAGGAGGGCAAGUACAGAGUUGAUUUCUCCAACUUCUCCAAGGUGGUGCCAGUGGCCACCGCACACUGUCCCUACUGUUUUCACAAUAUCAAGGGUCACCAUCAUCACUCCAGAGAUGGAAAUGACAACCCAGGCUUUGAGGUGAUUGAUAUGAAUGAUCCCACUACUCUCACAAAGAUGUGAGGAGAUGCAUAUCAUUCAAUGAACAGUAAAAACUGAGACUCUCUACAGUAAGAGGCCUUUACCCUCUCAUUGAACAACUCAUCAAGACUCCAAAAGGACUAACAGCUGCUGGGGUCAGCUGGGAUUACCUAAUCGCAGGCAGCCCAUUGUUUAGCAUUUCAAUACCUAAAAUCCUCCUUAUUUGUCAUUCUAUUGUGUUUAACACAGAUAAGAAAGACGUCUGUAUGGCAGGACAGUUAUUGUGGACUAUUUGUAUAUCAAACCACACCUGUCACUGUGUGCUGACCAAAAACCUGUUUUCAAAAGAGAGUCCAGGUCAUGCAAGGUGGUUAGGCUACAAAUCAAGAACAAGUUUUCUAAAUAACUCACAAAAAAAGAGGGUUAGUUGUUAUAAUUUACCUCCAGUCUGUCACAUUUGACUAUCUGACAAAGGAGAAGCACAAAAAACAACAACAAAAAAAGCAAAUGUUUUAUACUGUGUAUAUAUCAAAAAGUCACUUGAAAGAGCAGUGUUUGGAGCCAUGCAGUUGUCAUUAUUGUGAAAAGAUAUUAUUAUUUUAUUCAUACUUACUACUGUAAGCUGCUGUAUUCCAGGAGAUACCUGGACUUGAACCAUUUAAGUAUGCUUUACAAUUCAGACAUUGAGGCACUAGAGAAGGGUUGGGCUCUUGGGCACACUUUUCAAAGAAUGGAUGAUCAUGUUGUGGGAAUUCUUCUUCAGUGAAGACAUUGAAAGUGAACAAAACAUUUCAAGAAACAUUGAAUAUAUUGCUGAAUAAAUCACUUUGUAUAGUAUACAAA